AUGGCGUCAACUGAGAUAGCAAGGCAAGCGGGUGAAGGUGCUCGCACUGUCCCUCUGGCAGGCCAUGUCGGCUUUGAUAGCAUGCCUGACCAGUUGGUCAAUAAAUCUGUCAACCACGGAUUCUGCUUCAACAUCCUCUGUGUUGGUGAGACGGGUCUGGGGAAGUCCACCCUCAUGGACACGUUGUUCAACACCAAGUUUGAGGGCGAGCCCACCCAGCACAACCAGCCGGGAGUCACGCUGAAGUCCAACACCUACGAGCUCCAGGAGAGUAACGUGCGCCUCAAACUCACCGUCGUCAACACGGUGGGGUUCGGAGACCAAAUCAACAAAGAGGACAGCUACAAGUCUAUCGUGGAGUUCAUCGAUGCCCAGUUUGAAGCGUAUCUACAAGAGGAGCUGAAAAUCAAGCGCACGCUACACAGCUACCACGACACACGCAUCCACGCGUGUCUUUAUUUUAUAGCACCCACAGGACACUCGCUCAAAUCCCUGGACUUGGUGACCAUGAAGAAACUUGAUAGCAAGGUCAACAUUAUCCCAAUCGUUGCCAAGUCGGACGCCAUCUCCAAGAGCGAGCUGGCCAAGUUUAAAAUCAAAAUCACCAGCGAGCUGGUGAGCAACGGGGUGCAGAUCUACCAGUUCCCCACUGACGACGAGUCUGUGGCAGAGAUCAACUCCACCAUGAACAGCCAUUUGCCAUUUGCCGUGGUGGGGAGCACGGAGGAAGUGAAGAUUGGGAACAAGAUGGUGAAGGCCCGGCAGUACCCCUGGGGGACCGUGCAGGUGGAAAAUGAGAAUCACUGUGACUUCGUCAAGCUGCGGGAAAUGCUGAUCAGAGUGAACAUGGAGGACCUGCGAGAGCAGACUCACACCCGCCACUAUGAGCUGUACCGCCGCUGCAAACUGGAGGAGAUGGGCUUCAAGGACACGGACCCUGACAGCAAGCCCUUCAGUCUGCAGGAGACGUAUGAAGCGAAGAGGAACGAGUUCAUGGGGGAACUGCAGAAAAAGGAGGAAGAAAUGAGACAGAUGUUUGUCCAAAGAGUGAAAGAGAAGGAGGCUGAGCUCAAAGAAGCCGAGAAAGAGCUGCACGAGAAGUUUGACCGUCUGAAGAAGCUCCACCAGGACGAGAAGAAGAAAGUGGAGGACAAGAGGAAGUCCCUGGACGACGAGCUCAACAUGUUCAAACAGAAAAAGACUGCCGCAGAGCUCUUGCAGAACCAGGCCCAACAGGCAGGGGGCUCCACCACACUCAAGAGGGACAAAGAGAGGAAAAACUGAUGUGACGACGUGCCUGUUAAAAAAGGAAGAAGACACUUGCACUGAGAAGCUUAGGAUUCCUGUAGAAAAAGUGCUCCCUUGUGGCCGUCCUGCUGUGAAUGAGUUUCCACCCCAUCAUCUUUUUUACAGAGUCCCAACCUUCCCCCCGCCUCACCCUCACCCAACCUCCAUAAUUCAACCCUCCACAUGCACCCCCCCCCCCCCCCCCCUGCUCUCUGGAAGACGCUGGGCAUUGCUAUCAGUUUGACAUCACUCCGUGUUUAUUUUUGCUGAAUGGUGCUUGUGUGGUAUGUUGUUUAUACAAGCAGUUAUUUAGCUUGUCUUUUUAUAAACAUUUACAAAAUAAUGCAUUCCAUGUUUGUUUUGUAUUAAAAGAUUAAUUGCAUGAUGGAGUGAGCUUUUAAAAACAUAUUAACAUACAUGACUACCUUUGUGAUGGGCAGAAAUGUGUUGAGGGUCAAGUGAAACAGAGAGUACAGUGGUCAAAGAUCUGAUUGGAGGAUGGAUUAGGUUAAUGUUGAUCCAUCUUUAGAUAAAAGGACAAUCAUCUAAGUGACUUCUUGUCUUGACCUGGCAAACAACAAUUGCCAAAAUACUUUAAAUCAUUUAGUCAUUGGCUUCAGAUCCAGCUCAGGGUGGACAACAACAAAAAAGUUCACUGGAACAUUUUGGGUGAUAUUUAUUUCCCCCCCAGUGUUUACAUUUUGAGGCAUAUACACACAUAAUUGCAUAAUAAACACACAUUUUUGGGGUGUUUUGUUGCGGCAUAUACCAUACAUUUGGUGGUUAUUUUUGACAGAUUAUUUGUUAUUCAUUUCAAGUUAUAAGAUCCUUAAGAUUGUAGUCCUGAUUGAUUGAAUGCAUAACAAGUUCUAAAAAAGGGAUUUGAUUUCAUGACAAUAAUGAGGAAUAUAACUUUAAAGGUUACUUAUAAUUCCCUCAGUAAUAUAGACUUAAAUUAGUAAGAAUUAAAGAAUUGGUUUUAUUAUUUUUGUCCCUGUGCUGAAGCUGUUUCACUCUACCCAGAUGCAUGAGUAGUUAGUGAGCCUAAUCUCUUUGCCACUUCUCCCAUACCUCAUUUAUUGUCAUGUGUUACGUGCAUACAUGUAUUAGCUUUCAUAUUUGCACUUUUUUAUACCCAAAUUUGAUGUUUUUUUUAAAGUAUAUAUAUAUAUUAAUGUUGUCAGUGCAAUUGUAACUUUCUUUUUUACUUUACUUACUAUUGAAGGCACAUUUGAAAGUCGAUCUUCAUGAUGUCCACAUUGUCCUGCAGGGACCACUGUUGUUUGUAUCAGUGUUACACACAAAACAAAUAUUAUCUUUAAAGAAAUAAAGGCCCAUUUUUCACCAAAUAUAA